GAUACAAACGCCAGCUCUGUUGCGCACAAAGCUCUCAUCAAAGGCCACUACGGCAUCUCAGCAUCGAUCCCGUGCGAGAGAUGCACACGACUGGGCUUGGGGUGUAGGGUGUAUCACAGCACAUGCUACGAGUAGAAAAUCGGAGAUCGACACGCUCUUUGAGCUCGGCUGACGAUGCAACACCUGCAGAUCGACACAAGUAUAUGUCAGUAUAUGUCUUCCCUGAAGGCAAGGACGGCGGUGCUCUGAAAAGAAGCGGAGAAGCCAGCAUUACGCAACACACCAGCAGCCCUUUCAAGUCCAACAACAGCUCUUCCGCAAGCGACCACGUGCUCUCACACGACGGUAUGUCCAUCCAUCAAGGUAACCACGACACCUUGACCAGUACGCAUCAGUUCUCCUCAUACCUCCCAAAUCACACUCGGCUGAGAAGUAUACACUCACUACCCGACUCAGCCACACGAGACACCUGGGCCACCGCGUUCAAAGCCGCAAAGCAGAAGUACCACGACGCGUACGUACCGCAGCAGCGCUCCACCACGAAGCGCCGCAACGAAAGCGCAAACCGGUUCGCGCACCAGGAGCUCCUACGCGGUCACUGCAGCGUGCGAUUGCUAUCCGGACUGCUACACCAAAGUCAUCGAACGCAGGGAGGCAUUGGGGUAGCUUGGGUGGCGGCGUGGGACCUGCCGUUUCCACAAUGGGCACGAUGCGGCGUGCAAUGUGCAGUGCUGCUAAGCGCGACUGUCAUCUCUACACAACGGAUCGCUGCGGUGUUGUAGAAACGAUCACAAAGAUGCACCGCUUCGUCUCUGCGUAUGGCAGCGCUGCAAAUAUACACGAAGCGCUUCGUCGCAUGCGAGAUGCUAGAGCAAAGAUGAGCAAGAGUAAAGACAAAGGAAACAAUCCCACUGUUUUGGAACGGGGAGCAUGUCCAUUCUGACCAGUCUCCUGUAGAGACGUCACUCAUACAGCAUUCGAAUCUGUGCACGCGCCUCCCAUACCUAGUACAAACACACCGAUCAAUCCAUCCAACUCUGUCUUUCUCAAACCCAGUCUUCACAAACGUAAACGCAGACGCACCCACGGCGCUGCUGAGAGCCACUGAUUCACCGUGUCGGCGCGAUUUGCUUGCAGCCGACUCCUUCGAGCGAGAAGGAUGGAUGCUGUGAUCCUGGACCGUACGUACUCCCCCGCACCUCGUUGAUGAGCGUGCGUAUUUGACCUGGUCGGUCCCUUCUAGGACGUUUUACCUU